AUGGCGUCCUCGCAGUACACCCGCUUGCACUCCCCCCGUAUCGCGUCCCCAAGCGGAGACGACGAUUUGGGACGCACUGAGCACUACGUUGACCCCGCCGCCCAGAAGUCACCCCUCCGAGUCGAGACCCGCGCAACAGCGGAGAGAUCAUUCAGUGCAUACCCCGACGCGCCUCUAUCAUCUUCGCCGCCGUCCCCUGGCGGGCACACGUUUUCUUCCCCCCUUCUCCAUCCCGCACGCCAGGUCCAGCACCGUGAUACGGACAUCCCCGACAUAGAUCACCACCUUCAAGGACCCUCGAACGAAGGGGACUCGCGCAGGCACUACGUCGCAGACGUAAUUCUUUGCUGGCCCCUGGCUGAACAGGUCUUCGGACCGUUGCUGCAAGAGCCCGACUUCCCUGUCUUGUUUGGUAAGCAUAUGAUUCGCCACAACGUCAGCGAGGCACUCUGGACGGACAUUUGCUCAUACGUCGACAACAACCUGGAAAUACUCAAAUAUUUCUCAUUCUACUACAAUCCCUCCCAGCAAUCUCUCACUGUCAUGGCGCCUCUGGCGCUCCAUGAGCUGGUCACUGCCGCCAUCCUCAAGGCGGCACAAGACGGUCGUAUCGACGUCGACGACAACCAAACCCUAAUCAUUGAUCACAGCCGCGCGAUCAAAGACGCCGUGUCCCGCCACCAACCAGACGGUAUCGUGUGCGUCAAAUACAGCGUCGUCGUCAAGCCCGCCGAGGGAAAUCAACCACCGCGGAAGAUCCUCAAAACGGAUGACGUUAUUGUCGUCCAGAUCGGGGAUGCGGAGAGGAUCGACCACAUGCUCGAUCAGACGCAAAAGGGAAUGGUCGAGGCGGGGCCUGUGCUAUUCAUUGCCGUGAAGAUAACAGAGCAUAAGUACAUCGAACCGGAAGAUCCUCAGCCCGACGACGACGGCUUUAUUCCGGGUGCCGGAGCCGCCAACGACAUCAUAUGCACCGGGUACAAGCGCAAUGGCCGGGUGCUAAUCGGACGCCUCAGGGCGACCUUCUUCGCGUUUCUUGCUUCGGACUUGCCACGAGUGCGUGAAGUGCGCGCGAAGAUGAAAAACACGAACGAUUGGCUCGUCUGGGUUGAAGAGAACCUGGCGACUCCGGUGUUGCUCGACUACAACGGCAAGAACCUGAUGCCCGCCGAGGAUCAGGUCGCAAACGAGGCUAACGAUAUCGACGAUGUCAAGCUCAUCUUAGACGACGACCGGGUGCGUCGAGCGAAAGAUGCCGGGGUUGAACGUUGGGCAAAAGGUAUUCGUAUGGCACGGGCCAGGGCCUAUGCCCAGCGUGGCCGCUGCUGGAUAGAGGAGGCACUGGCGGCUGGCCAUCGCAGCGACGCGGAUGCCCUCAUAGCCCGUCUGCAGCAGCCGCGGAAUAUCGCAGUACCCCCUGUGGCUGACCCGAUACCGGCCAUCAUCGAAGGGAUUCGUGACGGCGCCCUAACCAAAGUACGCGACGAACUCAAUGACCAUGCAUACCGUCUGGCCACGGAAAUGGCGCCUGAAGUGCCCGAAGAUGAAACAGGCGCGUUAGAGAACACGUACGAGUACUACAACAACGUCGCCCUGUCUAUUAAGCGGGUCCUGCCGCGGGAUGACGACGAUGCAUCGUCUGAUGCUGGUGCCACCUCCGAGGACAUGCAGCGCGUCCACGAUUUCAACAAGAGGCGUCGUCUCUUGACGCCCCCGCCGCGUGAGCGGGAAGAGGUCGUACCGGAUCCAUCCCAGACAGAGGACGACAUCGCCUAUGUCAAUUACCACGUCCCGGACGUCGACACCGAUCCCUCCCCCACAUAUACGACCCGCGCGGCCCCUAUCGAUAUUUCUACCAGGCGUACCUCGCAUCGGCAGGCCGGCGGGCGGGUUCGCGAUUCUUCGUGA